AUGACCGGGGGCUGGGCGGGAUGUCUGUACCUGGUACCAACACAUCUGCCCGCUGCUAACGAGGUGCGGGAGCGUCACUGCCAGGGGGAAUACAGGGAGAUAAGGGGGAGGGGAGGCUGGGGGCGCCUGGCAGAGGUGUCCAGUGCCCGGCUGGCGCAGGAGGGGCGGAUCCCACACCCCCGGGGGCCCCUCUCCGCCCCUCCCCUGGGACAGGGGCCAGGACGUCCUUCGGGCAGGAUGUUCCCACCGCCGGGCUGCAGGAGGGGCUUCCCCAGGGAGCCCUGCCCGUGGGGGGAUGGAGCAGGAGCAGGGCCGUGCCCCCCUCACGGCCCCGAGGACGCCUGGGAUGAGCCGCCCUGGAAGCACCGGCGCAGGAGGGGCCGGGGCGGAUGGUUCCGGCCCAGCCCCAGGGACCCCAGACCUUUCCCUGGCCCUGAUGGCAUCCCUUGGAAUGAGGAGGAGGACAGGAUAUGGGCACCCCAUGACUAUCCCCCAGCACCCCCCUGGGAUGACAGAGAAGAAAUCCGAGGACCUGUGGAUGACUUUGGAGAGGGCUGGGACCCGCAUCAUCCCAGGGGUCCCAGACCCUUCCCUGGCCCUGAUGGCAUCCCUUGGAACGAGGAGGAGGAGGACAGGAUAUGGGCACCCCACGACUACCCCCCGCCCCCCUGGGAUGGCAGAGGACCCGAGGAGGACUUCACACAGGACUGGUUCCCAGAGUGGCAGCCUGGCCCCUGUCCUGAACCCCCCUUGGAGGAGGAGCAGCCCCCACCCUGGCAUCCAUCUAGCCCACCAGGGAGACGAGGGGGGUUCCGUGGCAGGGGCCCCCCCUGGGACUGUGACCCCCCCUGGGACUGUGACCCCCCCAGGGGGAGACACGGCCGACGCCUUCGCAGGAGCCGCCGGGAGCUGACCCUGAUCCCGUGUGAGUGGGGUCCCAGACCCCCCAGAGGGCACAAACCACCCUCCAGGGCCUCUCCUCCCCGCCCCAAGACGAGCCAGCCAGCGGCCAGGAAAGAGCUGCAGCCCCCUGAUCCUCCCCAGCCACCCGUGUCCCCCCAGGGUCCUGUGGAGAGGCCGGAACAGAGCCAGGACCUGCCAGAGGGGAGUGGGGAGGUCCCCAAGACCCCUGAGCCAGCCAGGACCCCUCCAAGGAGCCUGGCCACUGAUCCCUGCGCUGCGGGGCCGGGGCAGGCGGCUCCGGGGACACCGGUUGAGCCAGGAGCUGAGCAGACACCUCUGGGCAGCCAGGACCAGGAUCCCUGUGCUUUGGGAGCGGAGCCAAUCCCACUGGAGGAGAACUCUACCGGGGCAGGGGAGCACUCCGAGGUAGAGCGGGGCAGUCCAGCUGUCCCCGAGGCUGGCACAGGUGAUGGGUCACAUCCCCACAGCCCAGCAGCCCCUCUGGAUCCCACUGAGAGGGAACACCUGGCAUCCAGCUGCUCUGCAGAGGUGGGUGCUGAGCUGAGCCCCCAUUCCCGGGGAGAGCAGCGUUUGCCAAGUGGAGCUGGAGAAGCUGAGGCAGAAGCUGCCCACGAUGGGGUGGGUCUCAGAGCAUGGGGCAGCUCUGUGGCGUGUCCCCCUCCCCAGCUUCUCGAGAGCCUUCAGCCACCUGAAAUCUCUCAGGUCCCGCCAGGACCUGCAGCAGAAGCUGAUGCAGAGCCCAGCCAGGCUUGUCCUGAUCCCUGCACCUCACCAAGGACCUCACCAGAGCCCCAGCACUCUCCUGGCUCCAGUGAGACAAACCUGGCUGGGGAUGGACAGCAGCAGCUCUGCUUCAGGCUCCCGACACCCUCCCCAUCCCGCCGGGAUCUCCGCUCCGCCGCCGUCCUCGCCAGGAAGGCAGCCAUCGAGCUGUCGUACCAGCAGUUCAGCCUCAACUUCGCGGUGGUGGCCACGAUGCUGCUGCAGAAGGAGCCCUCCAUGGAGGCAACCCUGGGGCUGGCACUCAGGGCCAACCUGCGCCAGGGCCGGCUCCACCACCUGCAGGAGCUGGAGAAUUUCAUCGACAGCUACGACUCGGCCACCCCCAGCCCCUGAGGAGA